UUACCCAAGUAUUCCAUGAUUGACAGGCGUGGGACGGGCAGUGCUGGAAGGCCAAUAAAUCUGCUCACCAAUCACUUUAAAGUUUCUGUCAAUGUCCCAGAUGCAGUUUUUUACCAGUACAGUGUUUCUUUUACUUCAGAAGAGAGGAGAGAUGUCGAGGGAAAGGGAAUCGGGAGAAAGCUUAUGGACAAGCUAUAUCAAACCUACUCUUCUGAACUUGCUGGUAAGAAAUUUGCUUAUGAUGGAGAAAAAACAUUGUAUACAGUGGGUCCCCUGCCGCAGAACAAGCUCGUAUUAACCGUGGUUCUUGAGGAUUCUUUUGCAAAGAGGGAAAGCGAGAACCUAGGUGGCGGCGAGAGUUCUACUAAACGGUCAAAACGCUCUUUUCAGUCAAGGACUUUUAAGGUAGAAAUAAGUUAUGCUGCAAAAGUGCCCUUGAAGUCGAUCCUUCUUGGUUUAAAAGGAAAGGAUAAGGAUAAUAGUGCUCAGGAUGCUCUAAGAGUGCUUGAUAUAGCAUUGAGACAGACAGCAGCGAAAAGGGGAUGUCUUCUGGUAAGACAGUCAUUCUUCCAUGAUGAUUCAAGAUACUUCACAGAUGUCGGAGAAGGUGUAACUGGUGUUAAAGGUUUUCAUGCCAGCUUUUGUCCAACUCAGGGUGGCUUGUCCCUGAAUAUGGAUGUGUCUACGACAAUGAUCCUUAAACCGGGAGCUGUGAUUGAAUUCCUUUUAGCCAACCAGAAUGUGCGGGAACCUCGUCAUCUCAACUGGGCUAAGGCCAAGAAGAUGCUGAAGAAUCUGAGGAUUAAGACCAGUCACCGCCAUAUGGAGUACAAAAUAGUUGGUCUUAGUGAAAAGCCAUGCAAUCAGCAAUUUUUCCCUCUGAAACUGAGAAAUGGGAAAGGCCCGGGUGGCGAGGAGCAGACUGUGGAUGUUACUGUAUCUGAUUAUUUUGUCGAGCGCCAUGGCAUAGUGCUUACAAACUCUGCAGACUUGCCAUGCCUUGAUGUUGGCAAAGGAAACCGGCCAAAUUACCUACCUCUGGAGCUUUGUUCACUUGUUUCGCUUCAACGCUAUACAAAAGCACUAUCAUCAAUGCAGAGAGCAUCUUUAGUUGAAAAAUCAAGGCAAAAGCCUCCGGAGAGGAUGAGAACUCUAGUUGAUGCUUUGAGAAACUACCGCUAUGAUGAGGAUCCUGUGCUAGCUGAGUGUGGUAUUUCCAUAGAAAAGCAAUUGACCCAAAUCAAAGGCCGUGUUCUUGAAUCCCCAAAGCUGAAGGUGGGGAAUAGUGAUGAUUGCAUCCCUCGUAAUGGACGAUGGAACUACAAUCAAAGAACCCUUUUGCAACCUUUCCACAUCAAAUGCUGGGUUAUUGUCAACUUCUCUGCUCGUUGUGAUAUGAGUCACCUUUCACACGAGUUCAUUGACUGCAGUCGGAAGAAGGGUGUGCAAAUUGAACGUCCCAAGUUACUUAUUAAGGAAGAUUCACAAUUGCAAAGGGAGAGUCCUGUUAGAAGGGUAGACAGGAUGGUUGAGCAGAUAGAAAAGUUUCGAGAUUUACAUCAACUUGAUCUCAUUCUGUGUGUCUUGGCAGAGAGGAAGAACUCAGAUAUCUAUGGGCCUUGGAAGAAGAAAUGUCUUAGUGAUCUGGGUGUUGCCACCCAAUGCAUUUCCCCAUAUAAGAUAAAUGAUCAAUGCCUUACGAAUCUGCUGCUUAAGGUGAACGCGAAGCUCGGGGGAAUAAAUUCUUUGCUGGCAAUAGAGUACUCUUCAAGUGUUCCCAUAAUAAAGAAUACUCCUACGAUGAUUCUGGGUAUGGAUGUCUCUCAUGGUUCUCCUGGUCAAUCAGAUAUGCCGUCUAUUGCUGCGGUUGUUGGCUCUCGACAUUGGCCAUUGAUUUCAAGGUAUAGAGCAUCUGUAAGAACACAGUCACCGAAGAUGGAGAUGAUUGAUGCUUUAUUCAAGCCUUUGGCUGAUGGGAAAGAUGAUGGUAUCAUGCAAGAACUGCUCUUAGACUUCUAUCGGUCAAGCAAUGGACGCAAGCCAACUCAGAUAAUUAUUUUCCGGGAUGGAGUGAGUGAGUCGCAGUUUAAUCAAGUUUUAAACAUCGAACUGGAGCAAAUUGUCAAGGCCUAUCAGAAUUUGGGGGAGACCAGUAUUCCGAAAUUCACUGUUAUCGUGGCGCAGAAGAAUCACCACACAAAGCUUUUUCAAGCCAAUUCUCCGGAAAAUGUUCCACCUGGGACAGUGGUGGAUUCAAUGAUCGUACAUCCAAGAAACUACGACUUCUACAUGUGUGCUCAAGCUGGGAUGAUUGGAACUUCUAGACCAGCACACUAUCACGUUCUGAUUGAUGAGAUUGGUUUCUCUGCCGACGGAGUGCAAAAUCUUGUUCACUCGCUAUGCUAUGCGUAUCAGAGGAGCACCACUGCAAUCUCCAUUGUUGCUCCGAUAUAUUAUGCACACCUUGCUGCAAAGCAGAUGUCCCAGUUUGUGAAGUUCGAGGAUUUAUCAGAAACCUCGUCUCAACAAGAAAGCACCGCAUCUGCUCCUCCUGUCCCCGAGCUCCCCAGGCUGCACAAGAAUGUCCGCAGCUCUAUGUUCUUCUGUUAA